UGGCAGUAUCGCGUGUGCGGCAUGGGAGAGGAGAGGUUGCCGAGAAUUGUAUGGGAGGCGAAGUGGGCAAACAAAAAGAGGGGUAGACAACCCACGGAAUGGGUCAAGGUUGUAGAGGACGUAUGGAAGGGGCUCGACAUCGACGAAGAUGAAACGCUGGAAACGGAGGGUCUACAGGGGUUCAAGGAGAAGAUAUCUGUUGCUUGUGCCGAGAGAGAAGAACAGAAUCUGAGGAAAGAAUCCAAGGAUAAGGAGGGUCUAGAAGUGUACGGAAUGUUGAAGGAAGGAAUAGGGUUCAAGGACUACCUACAUGGACCAAUGGAUGCAGGAACAAAGCUUAAGGUCAAAUUCAGGACCGGGGACAUAGGCCUUCGAGAAUGUCGACGAAGGCACAGGACGGUAGACGACGAAGAUGACGAGUUCAAAUGUGAUUGCGACUUCGAAUGCGAAGACCGUGUUCAUGUAGUCGCGGAAUGUCCGUUGUACAAGAAGGAGAGGGAAGUGUACGUGACUGAGCUGGGAAAAAUAGCUGGGACGUACAGGGAGAUGUUUGAGGCAUGGAAUAGAGAGGAAAGGACGGUAGCUGUACUGAGGCAUAGGAGGUGGGUUGAAAAGGCGGGAAGGGAUAUCGUUAGGAUAGACAGACUAGGGAAGACAUUUUUCGAGCCACCUUUGGCAAAGUAGAAAGGAACGAUUGGCUAUCGGUGAUCGGUCCUGUGGCAACAACGCUCCGUCCUCCCGAGGACGCGUGGUCAAUGGUCUAACCGCUAAGGCAUGCAAAACAUAAGAGUACGCCCCCC